UAGAUGUAUUAUUUUUGCUAGUUACGAUAUUGGUGUUACCUAUAAAUUUCAGUACUAAGUUGACUUGCCUUUAACCAUAUACUGAAAAUUAAGAUGUCUAACGUUUUCUUUGACAUUAUUGCCAACGGCCAACCCUUGGGACGUGUUGUCUUCAAGUUAUUUGACGAUGUUGUCCCUAAAACCGCUGCCAACUUCCGUGCUCUCUGUACUGGCGAAAAGGGUUUUGGCUACGCUGGAUCCACUUUCCACCGUGUUAUCCCUCAAUUCAUGCUCCAAGGUGGUGACUUCACUCGCGGCAACGGUACCGGUGGUAAGUCCAUCUAUGGUGAGAAGUUCCCUGAUGAGAACUUUACUUUGAAGCAUAACAAGCCCGGUUUGUUGUCCAUGGCUAAUGCUGGUCCCAACACCAAUGGAUCCCAAUUCUUCAUCACUACUGUUGUCACUCCUUGGUUGGACGGUAGACACGUCGUUUUCGGUGAAGUUACCAGUGGCAUGGAUGUCAUUAAGAAGGUUGAAAGCUUAGGUUCCAACUCUGGUGCUACUCGUGCUCGUAUUGCCAUCGACAAGUGCGGUACUGUCUAAUUUUCUUUCUGUUUGUAUGAUGAUUAUGAACGAAAAGUGAAUAAUAUAUGAUUUUGCUGAACAGUCGCUAAAAAUUCGUUGUACAUAUAGGCAUUCGUAGUCUUAUAGAGAACCUUGAUAAAUUGUACAGUAAACUCCUAACGGUUUCCAGACGAAACCGAGAUUUAUUAUUCUUAAAACUUAUUAAUGCCUGUGUUUAU